CGUAAUAUUGCUUUGAUUGAACUCAUUAAUACUGAUUUCAAGUUGAGUGUGUACUGUUGUGUUUACGAUUGGUGAAAAAAUGAGAAAAGAAAAUUAAAGACUAAAUUACCGGUGCCGGCUCGUGUGUAAUUUCGUGUUUUGUCUUUAUCCUUACGCGUGAAAAGUUUUACAGCAGUCUUGUCUUUUUUUAAGAAUUACAGAAAGUUGUUUUUCAACCGGUUGAUUAAUGUUGACGCUGCUGGUGGAAGGACAUCGGAAGCUUAGUGUACAUUAAACUGCGAGGUUUCUAAGCCAGUUUUCUAACAUGGAAUUUCGAUUAUUGGAAGAUACGUAAGGUACCCGGCCCAAAUCCGCUGCCUUUAAUUGGCAAUUUCUCGUCCUUCGUACUCCGCAAUCGUCCGGUAAUGAGUGAAAUGAAUGAUUUGUAUAGGAAAUAUAAGAAUGCUUACAAUUUCAUAGGAGUUUUUAACUAUGGAACACCCCAGAUAUUAGUAACGUCUACAAGGCUGGCCAGAGAUAUUCUUACCACAUACUUCGAUAACUUUCACGACAAUGAGUUCGGUGAUAUAACAAAUAAGCGAAACGAUCAACUUUUUUCUCGCAACCCAUUCAUGCUCAAAGGCCGCGAAUGGAAACGCAAACGGGCUGAAAUCUCACCAGCAUUCACGAUCACAAGAAUAAGGGCACUUUACCCACAUGUGGAGGAUGUUUGCUCCCGAAUGACCAACUUUGUUAGGCAGAACACCACCCUUCCAAUUGAAACUAAAGAUCUAGCCGGGAAAUUCACAACGGAUGUGGUUUCCAGCUGCGUUUUUGCCGUUGAUGCACAGUCUUUCACUAACAAGGAUGCCCUGAUUCGGUCCACAGGACGGAAACUUCUCGACUCGUCGUUGUUGUUUGUGCUUAAACUCAUGUGCAUGCUGAUGUUUCCAAAACUAGGAAAAGCAUUCCGUUUCAGCUUCAUUCCAAAAAGGAUAGAACGCUUCUUCAUCAAGCUGAUGCAGGAGGCCAUUCAUCUCAAAGAAACGAGCUCUCAGAAGUGUGACGACUUUCUAGAGUACCUCAUCAAACUGCAGGAAAAGGAAAGUAUAUCUGAUAUUGAUAUGGCUGCAUAUGGAGUGACAUUCUUCAUUGAUGGGUUUGAAACAUCCAGUACGGCAUUUGCGUUAACUCUGUAUGAGCUGGCCAGAAAUCCGAAUGUGCAAUCAAUACUUCGCCAAGAGCUACUCGCCUCUGCAGAAAAGGAUGGAUCUAUAAAGUUUGAUGUGCUUAUGAACCUCCCAUAUUUGGAACAAGUCCUCAAUGAGGGACUCCGUCUGUGGCCGCCAGGGGCGUUCAUUUCGAAAAAAUGCACCAAACCAGUCAGUUUAAAUUUAACUUCAGAUCGUAAAAUAACAAUAGAAGCGGGGACAUGUGCCAUUCUAUGUGUUUGGUCUCUGCAACGUGACCCGGAUUGCUUCGAAAAUCCUGAUGCAUUCGAUCCCGAUCGAUUUAGCGCUGAGAAAGGUGGAGCUAACAUUUACCGCGAAAAUGGGUGCUAUUUACCGUUUGGAGAUGGCCCACGCAAGUGCUUAGGUAUGAGAUUUGCCAGAAUGCAGAUUAAAAGAGGCAUUUUUGAGGUUUUAACUAACUUUAAGAUAUCCGUUAACUCAAGGACAAAAGAACCUCUCAGGAUAGUAUCAUCUCCAGCAUUAACCUUGGGGAUCAGUGGAAUUUGGUUAGAUUAUGUGCCUCUAUGAGAAAAAUUAAUAAAGUCCAAAGUUAUGUCCUAGCGAUGAUGCCUUUUUUGACAAUGUUUAUAAAGCUCGCGUUUAUAAUAGCUGUCUAACUAAUGAUACAACACAAAGAGCAUUGCCCAAACUAUAGAUAGUGGAAUCUCUAGAUGAGUGAAAAUAAAUUCUCUGUAUCCAAACGAACUGUCAAACAUGUCUCCAAACGAGCAUGACGUCACGAUUUCAAAGAAAAUAUAAAGGGGUGUAAUGUCAUAUGCGCCUGAAUAAGGGAAAAACAAACGCAACUACAUAUGCUUUCGCUCAUCUUUAGAUUCUACUAUCUAGCCCAAUCUAUGCCUUAUGAGUGAUUGAAAUCAUUUAAUCGAAAAGAUUGAGGUUUGACAAUCGAAUGAUGCAUGUACGUGAUUGGUUGGUGUACCUAUUUCUAAACUUUUUUUUUAUCAAUUAUCGAUAAUAAAUUGUUAAAAAUAAGUAUUUUUAUAUCAAUACAAAGAAGC